AUGACUAUCGACUAUACCUGGUGGAAGGACGCCACAAUUUACCAAGUUUAUCCAGCAACGUUUGCUAAUGGAUUGAAGGAGAAAUAUACCGGAGGUGACAAAACAUUUGACGGAGCUUGUGGUGACAUUCCAGGUAUCAUUUCCAAGUUGGACUACUUGAAAGACUUUGUUGAUGUGAUUUGGCUCAGUCCCCAAUACGACUCGCCACAAGACGAUAUGGGGUACGAUAUCAGCGACUACCAAAACAUCUACCACAGGUACGGUACUAUGGAAGAUAUGCAACAGUUGAUUGACGGCUGUCACGAGCGCGGUAUCAAAAUUAUUGCCGACUUGGUGAUCAACCACACUUCGUCCGAGCACAAGUGGUUCAAAGAGUCUAGAUCGUCAUUGGACAACCCCAAGAGAGACUGGUACAUCUGGAAGAAACCAAGAUACGACGACAAGGGAAACAGAUUGCCACCAAACAACUGGUUGUCGCACUUUUCUGGGUCUGCUUGGGAAUACGAUGAAGCUACCGAUGAGUACUACUUGAGAUUGUUUGCCAGCACUCAGCCAGACUUGAACUGGGAAAAUGAAGAGACCAGAAACGCAAUUUACGACAGUGCAUUAAAAUUCUGGUUCGACCGUGGUAUUGAUGGGUUUAGAAUUGAUACAGCUGGUAUGUAUUCCAAAGACCAAAGAUUCCUUGAUGCGCCGGUUGUUUACAAAGACCAAUACUACCAGCCAAGUGCCGAGUACACUACCAACGGGCCAAGAAUCCACGAGUUCCACAAGGAGAUGUUCAAGAAGGUCACUUCACAUUACGACGCAAUGACUGUUGGUGAGGUUGGCCACUGUUCUAGAGAGGAAGCAUUGAAGUAUGUCAGCGCCUCCGAAAAGGAAAUGAAUAUGAUGUUUUUGUUUGACGUUGUUGACAUCGGAUCGGACAAAGGCGACAGGUUUAGAUACUACGGGUUUGAUUUGAAGGAUUUCAAGAACGCAGUUCAAGAACAAUGUGACUUCACCAAUGGAACAGACGCGUGGUCAACUGUUUUCAUCGAGAACCAUGACCAACCAAGAAGCAUCACCCGGUUUGGUGACAAAAAGUACGAAACAAAGAGCGGAAAGUUGUUGGCUCUUUUGCAAACCACCUUGACCGGUACUUUGUUCAUCUACCAAGGCCAGGAGAUUGGUAUGACCAACUUGCCAAGAGAAUGGCCAAUCGAAGAUUACAAAGACAUCAACACAAUCAACUACUACAAAGCCUUCAAGGAAAAGUACGGAUCAGAUGCCGAUUUCGCGGAGAAGGAAAAGAAGCUUAUGGAUGUCAUCAACUUGUUGGCCAGAGACAAUGCAAGAUCGCCAAUGCAAUGGGACGACACGAAAUAUGCCGGAUUCUCAGAAUACGAACCAUGGACAAGAGUCAAUUCUAAUUACAAGGAGGUCAAUGUUGCCAAGCAGAUUGACGAUCCAAACUCGCUCUUAAACUUUUGGAAGAAGUCAUUAAAGUUGAGAAAGGAGCACAAGGAUCUCUUGAUUUACGGAUCGUUCAAGAUUUUGGACUUUGACAACGAGCAAGUGUUUACCUAUGUCAAGAGUUUGCCAAACACUGACUAUCCAAAGGCUUAUGUAGUCCUCAACUUUUCUAAAGAUUCGGCCAAGUUUAGCAAGUUGAUUGAUGGCGACUUCAAGUUGGUCAGCACCAAUGUCGACAAAGCUGAUCUUGUUGAGGAUUCAUUGUCCCCCUACGAAGGACGUGUUUACAUUGUUGAUUAG